AUGCUCCAGAAAAUAGACGCUGAAGAUGAAACGCAAAUUCGAUUAAUAGACGCGACUGACUGGACCCUACAGAAAUUGGUGUGCAAAGAAAAUGAGAUUCGACUGGCCCGUGAGCAGAUCCUAGUGGCCGAGAAUAAAUGUAAUCGUGAGCUGAACGAAAUUCGGCGUAAAGUAAGAGAGACGCAAAACUUGUAUCUUGUGGAGAAAGAGAAAAACCGAACGAUGCGAAAGAAAUGUGAUAAGAUAAGUGGUGUAAUAAAGGCGUUCAAGAGAGGUCAAAAUGAUGUACUCGAAUUGGUGGAGCACAUUGAGCUGGAGAAACCUGGGACGAAUAACAUGGAGGACCUAAAAAAUAAAGUGGAGAUCGUAAUUGAGAGUUUACGACCGAAGCCGGGCAAAUUGUCAUCUAGCCCUGUUUUACCCGCUGACCAUUUCGAAGAGGAACUAAAGAAGUGUUUGGCGUCCAUCAACUUUUACAAUCAGGUGGAAAUAGACACUCUUGAGUCUUCCAAUGCAAAUUACCAUUCUUACGAAGACAGGAAGAACAUAUCAAAGAAAGUUAUGGAUGAUGUGAAGAAGGGAAGAAGGCCAAGCGUAAUUCGUUAA